AGCCAAACACUGACAUUCCUGCAGGCUGUGUGAAGUCUGGGAGGGGACAGCUGUGGACUCUGCUCGCUCUCUGCUCACUGUCACUGUAUGGGGAAGCCGCAUCACCUGCAUUCAGCACUCUCUACAUCCUUUUCUAUUCAUUUACUGGGACUCCUUCUGUCUGCAGCUAUUUACUCCUGAUGUUUGGAUGACCAAGGACAAGCCAAAGCUCUCCUCUGAGAAGUUCCAGCCAUACUUUUAGGUUUAAAUUAUAAUUUGACAGUUAUUAGUGGAUGAAGUCAGCAGGAACCUAUUGGAAAGAAGUGAGUCCAGCAGCAGCAAUGUCAAUGCAGGCAACUCAGUAGGAGAAGAUUUCUAUCAGCCUGGACUGUGAGUGGUGGUGCAGUAAUGGAUCUGGGCACCAACAGAAGCAGAUGUGUCUGGAUGAUUGUGGUGGGUCUGAUGGGACUCCUUGGCUUGGCUGAGGCUGGAUGUUUGGAGGCUGGGAAGUGCUGUAAAGGUAGAGAUUCGAAAUGUGUCAGCCAGGGCUGGAGGAUGGACAGGACCCAUGGAACGUGUUACUGUGACCAACUGUGCCAGUCUGCCAUGGAUUGCUGUUAUGAUUACGCGCAAGCAUGCCCAGCUCUUGCAUGCCUUGUUGGUGAAUGGAGUCAAUGGAGUGGCUGUGCAAAUCAAUGUACCCCAACAUACAGAGCGCGCAGGCGUGACGUUCUACAGGAGGCGGAGAAUGGCGGAGAGCCCUGUCCACAUCUGGAGGAGAAGGCUGGGUGUCUUGAAUAUUUCACACACCAAGGCAUUGAGUGUGGAAAUUUACAUGUGCCUGCUUUUAUCACGACUUUUGAGUACAACAAAGCCAGAAGGAAGCGUGCAACGUCUCCAGACUGGGCUUCGCAUACAGAAGAUCCUGGAUAUUGUGUGGAAUUCCAGAUUGAAUCCUUAUCUCCAGCUUGUCUAAUAGAGGACCGUCCACAUGCCCGUUGGAUGCUCUACCUACGGGAAGGGUACACAGUAUGUGUUGCUUGUCAGCACCCUGCGAUGCAUAUUAGAAAUCAUCGAUGCUAUGGUGAUGGUAGCGAUGCCAAUGAGAAUCAGAUUCUUCACUGGCAAGCUGUGGGCAAUGCCAGGUGUUAUGGGUCCUGGAGAAAAGUAAGACAAGCUGACAAGUGCUCAUGCCCCAUGGUGCACAGCUUUAUAUUUACGUAACAGAGGACUUGUAGUCCUACCUGCAUUCUAAA